AUCUUUCUUUCUUUCUUUCCUGGGUUUUACGACGGUGGCCUGACAUCUCUGGGAGACGGUCUUUUAGCUUUUUUCUACGUUUUUCUAGCCGGUCUUCUCUCCGCAUUCCUUGCCCCGCUACAAAAGCUCUCUGUGCGUCGCCAUAUCCUUAUCGUUGAAAGAUGUCAGAUACUCUUUCCGACGCGGACAAGAUCCGCAACAAGCGCCUCGCAAAGCUUGGAAAUCCAUCCCCGUCUUCGCCCGUCGAGGGAAGUGCAGAAUCAGCCUCCGCCCAGCGACCCACAACACCUUCGCAGAGUACAGACAGCCCACGACCACAGGCUAGUCGAGACAACAGCGCACCAAGUUCUGCUGCACCAUCGCCGAGGCCCGAGUUGCAGCAGUCGGAAGGAAAACGGAUCAAAAUCACACCCGUUAGGACUGCCAGUCCAGCCCCGGAUCGAUCACAAUCUGGAACGCCGGUCUCCGCGACACCGAGGGCAGAGGAGAGUAUCGAGUCCUUUGAGGACCGUACUCUGAGCGCUGUUUUCAAACUUACCCUGAGGGAAGAUCGACAGAGGGAUAUCCACGGACAACGGUUGAUCUAUCUAUCUGGUUUGAAGAGUGAACUUGAAGACGAAGGCCGACAGUUGCGGAUCGAGACCUCGGUGCUGGACCAGGCUCUUUUGGAAGCUGCUUCCAAUGUUCACCAGCAGAAGCCUUUGGAUUACUUACUACCAUGCUGGAAGAGGAUUUCCCGGCUGUACAAAGGUUUCCGCCGUGCAAGCGACAAUGACCCCAAGUUCCAAGUUAUCUGCGAGGCCCGGCGCCUGUGCACGAGUUAUUGCAUGUUUGCUAUCACAAUGCCGGAUAUGUUUGGACUCGAGCCGUCUGAGCAGUCGCCGCUGAAGCCUUACCUACUCUUGGACCCUGAGGAGGAUAGGGGUGUUGAUUUCGAGUUCAUCAGCGAAGCUGUCAAAAGGUUUGAUGAGGACGAGAGCAUCAAGCCCGCUUUCAUCGCCGCGGUUGAAGAAUUGAGCCAAGAGCUUGCUGAAAUGAACAUCAAUGAUGACUACAAGCCCUAUGUGACGGCCUUGCGGAAUCUUGUCCGUCACGCGGUUAUUGCCGCCGCGAUUACAGAGUCAUCCAUUUUCAAUGCGUCUCGGGACCCAGCACUGUUUGAGAAGCGCACGCUCUUGGGACCGUGGUUUCGCUUGUCUCCUCUCCAAGGGAAUGUGACCAUGUCAUACUUCUCGAGCCCCAAGACAAGAGACCAAGGGUAUAUUCUUAAUGCCCAGCGAUCUCUUCGGAUGAUGCAGCAGAUGCUCAGCGCGGAUAUUCUUGAUGUAAUCAACCACUUGAUUCGAGCAUCGAAGGAUGCAAGAGAUAGAGUCCUGGACUGGUUUGCCACGGCGUUGAACAUCAAUCACAAGCGAAGGGCAAUGCAGGUGGACCCCAACACAGUAUCGUCUGAUGGAUUCAUGUUCAACCUCACUACAUGCAUGGACCAGCUCUGCGAGCCGUUCAUGGAUGCAUCUUUCACUAAGAUUGAUAGAAUCGAUGCCGGAUAUCUCCACCGGAACCCUCGUGUGGACAUGAAGGACGAGACCAAGAUCAACGCCGAUCAACAUGCUUCUGAUGCUUUCUAUUCUCAGAAAGCAGAAGGCACCUCUAACUUCAUCACCGAGAUCUUUUUCUUGACGGUUGCCGCCCAUCACUAUGGAAGUGAAUCGUUGACCUCGAAAUUGGAUCAACUUGAAAAGGACCUCCGACACAUGGAGUCCACCAUCGUCAAAUUUGAAAACGAGCGGCACAAAUGGAUAAACAACCCGAUGCAACUCCGGGUGUUUGAACAAGCCCUCAAGAAGUACAAGGACAAGUUGGAUUUGGGCCUGGCUCUGAAGUACAGUCUCCAGGGUGUCUUGUUUGACGACCAGUGGCAGGCCCGUUCUAUGCUGUUCAUGAGAUACGUUAUCGUCUGGCUCUUAAGACUUGUGUCAGGCGGCAACUUCCCCAAGCAACCGGUCAAGCUGCCUCUGCCACAGGAGCAGCCGGAAGUCUUCAAGUGCCUUCCCGAAUACUUUGUGGAAGAUGUUGUCAGCAACUUCAAAUUCAUCAUGUGGUGUAUGCCUCAGAUCAUCACCGCUACGCAGGGUGAUGAACUGGUCAUGCUUUGCCUGACGUUCUUGGAGAGUUCGGCUUACAUCAAGAACCCAUACUUGAAGGCUGGACUGGUGUCUAUCCUAUUCCGAGGAACAUGGCCGCGCCCCGGCGGCGCUCGGGGUGUCCUCGUGGAUCUUCUGAACUCCAUGCCCUUUGCCAAUGAUCACCUGUUGCAUGCACUUAUGAAAUUCUACAUCGAGGCUGAACACACAGGUACCCACACUCAGUUCUUUGACAAGUUCAACAUCCGUUUUGAGAUUUUCCAAAUUGUCAAGUGCAUCUGGCCCAACACUCUCUACCGUGACAAGCUUUCCAACCAGGCCAACCAGAACCUGGACUUCUUCGUGCGAUUCGUCAACCUACUGCUCAACGACGUGACCUUCGUGCUCGAUGAAUCCUUUGGUGCAUUCAAGACCAUUCACAACACUCAGGUGGAGUUGAAUCAAAGUGGCAGCACGAUGGACCCUACCAUGCGUCAGGAAAGAGAGGAGCAACUUGCUUCCGCUCAGCGGAAUGCCAAGUCCUACAUGCAGCUGACGAAUGAGACCGUCGCAAUGCUUAAGCUCUUCACCGAUGCGCUGGCAGAUUCAUUCACAAUGCCGGAAAUCGUCCAGCGAUUGGCAGACAUGUUGGACUACAACUUGGACGCUAUGGUGGGCCCGAGAAGCAGCAACCUGCGCGUGGAAAACCUGCGUGACUACGGAUUCAACCCACGGGCUUUGCUAAGUGAAAUUGUGGACGUGUACCUCAACUUGAGGAACAAGGAAAACUUUAUCUUUGCCGUUGCACGGGAUGGUCGGUCUUACAAGCCGGUCAACUUUGAAAAGGCCGCAGAGAUCCUGCGUAAAUUCAGCCUCAAAUCUCCAGAAGAUCUGAGGAGGUGGGAGAUUCUACAGAAGAAGGUCAUGGAGGCUCGGGCGGUUGAUGAGCAAGCGGAGGAGGACCUUGGAGAGGUUCCGGACGAGUUCUUGGAUCCUUUGAUCUACACAUUGAUGGAAGACCCUGUCAUCCUGCCCAACUCCAGAAUGUCUAUUGAUCGCUCGACUCUGCGUUCCCACCUCCUGAGUGAUCCUCAUGACCCAUUCAACCGAGUUCCACUCAAGAUGGAAGAUGUGAAGCCUGAUACCGAACUCAAGGCCAAGAUCGAAGCAUUCAAGGCACAAAGAAUAACAGAGCGGAGACAGGCAGCAGCAGCGGAACAGGGCGAGAAGAUGGAUACUUCUUCAUGAUCAUCAUUCUUCAUGCACAUAAUGCUAGCUGUUAUUUAUGAUAGAUAUGGUUUGCUUAAGACAAUAUGCCUGGGAUUAUUCAUAUACGUUUGUUUGGAUUGGGGUGGGCUUUCUUUUAUUUGCUGUUAUUAACCCACACAUCAGAAUAUCAUGAGCGACAUUUACCAUGAGCCAAGAAUCAAC